ACCUGCCGACCUCAGAUUACAACGCUGUCCUACCGCACCUUCCGUUCUCCACCGAUAACGACCCCAACAUCGCUUCGGCUGACGUUCUGCACACUACACCGUACACCAAUACCAACUUUGCAUUGCGCCUGCCCCAACUUUGGGCAUUCCUUGAGAGCCUUCUUUUCCACUCUGAUCCACACCUUUGGCUAUUAUCAACAAGCAGUCGAAGCUGCACAAGAGCUUCAGCGCCAGUCACCCGACAACAGCGCAACUCUUGCCCAUACCCAAGCUUCUGCCACCAACAAACGACUCCAUAAAUCAUCCAGUCUGGCGUUCCGAGCUCUUCGCGCCGCCGGCCUCGCUGUAGGCCUUGGUCUAACAGCCCUCGCCGCCUACAAUAGCAACCAGGCUGAGAUGGACUCACACGCCUCAAGAGGCGGGCACUUGGUUGCCACGGAUGGCCGAGAGGUGGUUUACUGUCACGCCUGCUCCCAUGAGUGGUGGCAAGACGAGCAUGGUCUGCAGUGCCCUCGCUGCGAAAGCGAGAUUACAGAGAUUGUUUCUCCCGAGAACGACCCUAGAGAGAUCGAGGACGGGCCUCCUCUCCACGAUUCCCCGAGACUCAGACGUCACAUCUACGACGACGAUUCGGAUCCUGAAGAGGCCGAUAUAGAGGAGCAUCUGCACCGCGGCCCCGGCGGGUUCGUCGUACAUCGAGCCAUCUGGGACAAUUCCCAGCGCCCGGGACAGAGCCCAAACCCGAACACCCGCCAGCCCCCCGACGUGAACGAUGGCGACCAGAUUAUUCGACGCUUUAUUGAUAUGGUGAAUGAUUUCGGCAUGGGCAUGCCACCGCGACCUCCCGACGAGACUCGCCCUCCUGGCUUUGGCGCUGGUGGAAACAUUUUUGGCGGUCAGGGCAAUGUUCGCACAUUCCAGAGAACAGGUCCCGGAGGCACCACGAGCUUCACGAUCGCCACUGGACCCAUCCAUGUUCACCAAGGAGGAGCCAACUCGCCUGCUGGAGCUGGAGGCGACCCCUUCCAGUCUAUCUUCAGCAGCGUCUUAGCUGGAGCAGGACCCCCUCAACCGACCGGAAUGGGUCCAGGCCAGGGACAGCGGGCGCCUAAUCAAGCGCCCACACUUCUCCAUGAGAUUCUCAACAUGCUCAACCCAGCCAAUGCCUCGCACGGCGAUGCUGUGUACACUCAGGAGGCCCUGGACCGGAUCAUCUCUCAGUUGAUGGAGCAGAACCCGGCAUCGAACGCGGCACCCCCGGCGACUGAAGAUGCGCUCAGCAAGCUGAAGCGCAAAAAGGUCGACAAGGAGAUGCUUGGCCCCGACGGCAAGACCGAGUGCACAAUCUGCAUUGACGACUUCAAGGAGGGGGACGAUGCCACAGUACUGCCCUACUCAUUCUGGCCUGGUAAUGAUCCGGGACACUGGGCAAACUCGAUGAGAGGGAUUCCCCCUCGAUCGAGCUACAUGGACACGACCCCCCCGGUUCCUGCCGACUCCACGAGACCCCAGUCGUCAUUUGUCGAUGAAGCCUAUGGACGCUACGGGGCUUCCAGCACCGGCCGCAGUGAUCCGCAACGUCCCCAGGAAACGAGUCGAAUGCCCAGCUUCCGAUCCGCUAGACGAGACUCUCAUUCGCCCCCGAGCCUCCGCCGACACCAGUCCGAUGUGUUUCGAGCUAGACAGCGGAGUCCCUCGUCUGGAAAUUGGGACAGAGGUCAAGACAGCAACCAGGACAGUAAUCAGGAUGCCGGAUCCAAUCACGGCCCGCUUAAUUGGCUGAGAAACCAGUUUUCUCGAGGAUCGGGUUCGGGAGACAGCAACCCGCGUGAGAGACGGAGACAGAAAACAGACAGGCAUCCUCCUCUUGGUGGCGAGGGUUAG